GGGCGCGGGCGGAUCUGGGUGAAAGUGCAGGGGUGUGGCGUCCAGGGCGCCGCCCACCCCACUUUUAAGGUCCCGUGUGGGCCGGCGGCCCCUUGACAGACGCGGGACGAAGGCCGAGCUUGCGCGUCGUGUUGCCCCACCAUGGCCCUGCUCCGAGGUGUGUUCAUCGUGGCCGCCAAGCGGACACCCUUUGGAGCUUAUGGAGGUCUCCUGAAGGACUUCUCGGCGACGGACCUGACUGAAUUCGCUGCCAAGGCUGCCUUGUCCGCCGGCAAAGUUUCGCCAGAAACCAUCGACAGCGUCAUCGUUGGCAAUGUCAUGCAGAGCUCUUCAGAUGCUGCCUACCUGGCCAGGCACGUCGGGCUGCGCGUGGGGGUCCCCACAGAGACCCCCGCUCUCACCCUCAAUAGGCUCUGUGGCUCGGGCUUCCAGUCCAUCGUGAGCGGGUGUCAGGAAAUCUGUGUUAAAGACGCGGAAGUCGUGCUGUGUGGCGGGACCGAAAGCAUGAGCCAGGCCCCCUACUGUGUCAGAAACGUGCGUUUCGGAACCAAGUUUGGAUCGGAUCUCCAGCUGGAGGACACCCUGUGGGCAGGCCUGACGGAUCAGCAUGUGAAGCUGCCCAUGGGCAUCACCGCCGAGAACCUGGCCGCGCAGCACAAGAUCAGCCGGGAGGACUGUGACAAGUACGCCCUGCAGUCUCAGCAGCGCUGGAAGGCGGCUAACGAUGCCGGCUACUUUAAUGAGGAGAUGGCACCCAUCGAGGUGAAGACGAGGAAGGGGAAACAGACCAUGCAAGUGGACGAGCACGCACGGCCCCAGACGACCCUGGAGCAGCUCAACAAACUCCCUCCUGUCUUCAAGAAGGACGGGACGGUCACAGCGGGCAACGCCUCGGGGGUGUCGGAUGGUGCUGGAGCCCUCAUCAUCGCUAGCGAAGAUGCUGUGAAGAAGCACAACUUCACCCCGCUGGCCCGCGUGGUGGGCCACUUUGUUUCUGGCUGCGACCCCUCCAUCAUGGGUAUUGGUCCUGUCUCUGCUAUCUCUGGGGCCUUGAACAAAGCAGGGCUGAGUCUUAAGGACAUGGAUUUGGUGGAGGUGAAUGAAGCGUUUGCUCCCCAAUACUUGGCAGUGCAGAAGACGCUGGGACUUGACCCCGGUAAAACCAACGUGAAUGGUGGCGCCAUCGCCUUGGGCCACCCCCUGGGAGGCUCCGGAUCCAGAAUCAUGGCACACCUGGUCCAUGAGUUAAGGCGCCGAGGUGGCAAGUAUGCAGUGGGGUCAGCCUGCAUCGGAGGUGGCCAGGGCAUCGCGGUCAUCAUCGAGCGCACGGCCUGAGGGGCACUAGCCGCAGAGUCCCCGCAGAAGACUGGGCACCUUCAGUGCACUCGGCCGGCCAGCCCUCCCCACCCCACCCCGGUCAGGCAUCGAGCUUGGUGCGGAGUGGCGGGACAGACAAGCAGCAUCCCCGGGUACCAGCCCUUGCCAGGGUCGCCUCCACACUUGGCACCCAAAGGGGAGGACUGUCUGCGUGUGUCCAAGUGGAGGAGGCCUGGACCUGGAGGAGGGGCCGUUUCCUGCCACCCAACCACCACUGAUGCCUUAGGGAAUGGAAUAAACAUCGCCUUAACUUGA